UGCCCAUCCCCUCGAAGGCCAACGGCACCAGCAUUUCCACCCUGUCAAUGAACAAAGACGGCCUGAUCGGAGGGGUGACGAAUCCCAACGAGGUCUUCUGCUCGGUGCCUGGCCGCCUCUCUCUUCUCAGCUCCACCUCCAAGUACAAGGUGACGGUCGGGGAGGUGCAGCGGAGGCUCUCGCCCCCCGAGUGUCUCAACGCCUCUCUCCUCGGCGGAGUCCUCCGCAGAGCAAAAUCAAAAAACGGAGGUCGCUGUUUAAGGGAAAGGUUAGAGAAAAUUGGACUAAAUCUACCUGCAGGAAGGCGCAAAGCUGCCAACGUCACCCUGCUGACAUCCCUCGUGGAAGGUGAAGCCGUUCACCUGGCCCGGGAUUUCGGGUACGUGUGCGAAACGGAGUUCCCAGCCAAGGCGGCGGCGGAGUACCUGUGCCGACAGCACUCCGACCCCACGGAGCUCCACACCAGGAAAAACAUGCUGCUGGCUACCAAGCAAAUUUGUAAAGAGUUUGCAGACCUGAUAGCCCAGGAUCGCUCGCCGCUGGGGAACAGCCGCCCCUCGCUCAUCUUAGAGCCCGGUGUCCAGAGCUGUUUGACUCAUUUCAGCUUGAUAACCCACGGCUUUGGGGGCCCGGCCAUCUGCGCAGCGCUCACGGCCUUCCAGAACUACCUGGUGGAGUCCCUUAAGGGGCUGGAUAAAAUGUUCAUGAACAGCACAGGGAACGGGCACACAGCCGGAGACUCCAAAGCCUCAGAAAAAGAAGCGAAGCAUCGGAAAUAA